UUAGAAUUAUUUAAGGCUUGGAAGAAGAAGACAUUUCCAGGCGGCCAACUUUGUUAAGCGUUCACCCUCCCAUCCAUUUCCGUCAGUAGUUGAGUAAUAAAUACAUAGAGCAUAUUUCCAAAUUUGAACACCAAAGAUUCAUUGUCUUUAUCCGUCCGUCAUAGCUGGAUGUGAUGAUGAUUUCUCUCUCUUGUUCUAUUUGAUGUGGACUCAUUUCUUGGAAAAAAAUAAUAAUAAGGUUAAUUAUUAGUUGUGAAUUGUGUGUGAGGAUGCUAAUUUACGGCCCCCUAUCACCUGGUCAGGUGUCAUUUUUUCUUGGAAUUGUGCCGGUAUGUGCUGCUUGGUUAUAUUCAGUGUAUUUGGAGUACAAGAAAAAUUCAGCAUCAUCCAAAGUUGGCAGUCAUUCUGAUAUGAUCAAUUUGGUUGAGUUGGGAAAUGAAGCAGUCAAAGAAGACGAUAGAGCGGUUCUAUUUGAAGGAGGUGAUCUUCAAUCAAAAUCGCCUAGAAUCAGAAGUUCAUCUAUGACGUCUCAGAUUACUAGUUUUUUCUUGAUGGAUGAAACUUUCUUGCAUGAAAAUCGGUUAACUCUGAGAGCAAUAUCAGAGUUUGGUGUCCUUUUGACUUACUUUUACCUAUCUGACCGUACAAAUCUAUUUGGUGAAUCAAAGAAGAGCUAUAAUCGUGAUCUUUUCCUCUUCCUCUACUUACUUCUCAUCAUAGUCUCUGCAAUCACUUCUUUUAAGAUCCACCAUGACGACAAGUCGGCUUUGAUCUCCGGAAAAUCCAUAAUGUAUUUGAAUAGGCAUCAAACUGAAGAAUGGAAAGGAUGGAUGCAGGUAUUAUUUUUAAUGUAUCACUACUUUGCUGCCACAGAAAUUUACAAUGCUAUACGAGUUUUUAUAGCUGCAUAUGUAUGGAUGACUGGAUUCGGAAACUUCUCUUACUACUACAUCCGCAAGGAUUUCAGCAUUGCAAGAUUCACUCAGAUGAUGUGGAGGCUUAAUUUCUUGGUAUUUUUUAGCUGUGUUGUCCUUAACAACAGUUACAUGUUUUACUAUAUAUGCCCCAUGCAUACUCUUUUCACUCUGAUGGUUUAUGGGGCCCUUGGUAUAUUCAACAAAUACAAUAAUAAUGGAACUGUUAUUGCCAUUAAAUUCAUUGCCUGCUUCUUGGUUGUUAUUCUGAUUUGGGAAGUUCCAGGAGUCUUUGAGGUGGUUUGGAGCCCAUUUACUUUCUUCCUUGGAUAUGCUGACCCAGAUUAUCAUUCAAAUUUCUUCCUUGGAUAUGCUGACCCAGAUUAUCAUUCAAAACCCAAGCAGUCUCUCUUGCACGAAUGGAAAUUCCGUUCAGGUCUUGAUCGUUACAUAUGGAUAAUUGGGAUGAUAUAUGCAUACUAUCAUCCAACAGUAGAGAGAUGGAUGGAGAAACUUGAGGAAACCGAAGUGAAACGUAGGAUAUCAAUAAAAGCAGCUGUUGUCAUAAUGUCGCUCGCGAUGGGAUAUCUUUGGUAUGAGUACAUAUACAAGCUCCCGAAGAUCAUGUAUAACAAAUAUCAUCCAUACACAUCUUGGAUACCAAUAACUGUCUACAUAUCCUUGAGGAAUGUUACCCAAUAUUUUCGAAGCCACACUUUAACCCUUUUUGCAUGGCUUGGGAAGAUCACUUUGGAGACCUAUAUAUCCCAAAUCCAUAUAUGGUUAAGAUCUGGUGUGCCGGAUGGACAGCCUAAAAAGUUGCUAUGUUUGAUCUCCGACUACCCAUUGAUGAACUUCAUGCUCACCACUGCCAUAUAUGUUGCAGUUUCUCACAGAUUAUUUGAAUUGACAAACACUUUGAAAUCCACAUUUGUUCCGUUGAAAGAUGAUAAACGUCUUGGCUACAACAUAGUUGCGGCUUUACUUGUAUCAGGUCUUCUCUAUGUCUUGUCCUCUGUAUUUCUAAGGAUACCUCAGAUGCUGGUGUAA